AUGGCAUCUCCUGCGCCUAGGACGCCCACCACUUUAGCCCUGCCGACUUCACCAACCGCAUCAUCGCCUCGGUCUCGUGAAACAUCACCUUCAAAGAUUCCGGUCCGAGUUAAUUCCACAAAAGUGGCCGUGCCAGAGCUUAAAGCUGCCCUAGAAAGGGCAGUAAGAGCAAGAGGAACCCAUUAUUCGAAUAUUCUGGCGUUUUCUGUGUACUGGGAUGAUGACAAUACCCUCGCUAAGGAAGACAAUCAAACAUUUAUUGCCAUGAUGCGUGAUAUAUUCGACGUUCCCUGCGAAACCUUUGUGCUUCAAAGCAAAAGCCCGAUUCCUGCAUGGGACCUGAACCUGCAGCUCAUCCAAGGGAUCAAAGCGAAGAUCAAGAACCAGAAACCAUCUCUCCUCGUAUUUUCCUAUAUCGGUCAUGGGGUGAUUAAUAAUCUGGACGGGCUGUCUUUCUCUAGCCGGAAAGGCAACAAGCUAGUUUCAUGGAGCACAGUGCAAAGUGAAUUGACCCCUCAUGGUUUGCCUAUGGAUCUUUUCGCUAUCCUCGAUUGCUGUCAUUCCGGAAAUGCAAGCACUAGCUCUCCAAAUUCUACACAUGUGUUAGCUGCUUGUGGCGCGCCCCUAUGGGCAAGAUCGCGCACGUCCGGUAUAUCCUUCACACAAAGAGUUGCACGAGCAAUCCGACACAUUUUCAAUUCAGGCAAAGUGUCUAUUUCGACCGAGGAGAUCUUUCACGCAGUGCAGAAGGAGACUCCAGCUGGUGCCUAUAUGCCUCGAUUCUCGAGUCAUAGUGGAGUAAAGCCGAUCAUUUUGCCGUUCAAAGUCGCAGCUACUUCUGGUUCUGGAAUUUCUUCUUCGGGAGCGUCAUCAUCUGGCCGUAAGUCGAGUCCAAUGCCUUCUUUGCCUUCAAGAACACCGCCACUAACCCCCCACAAUCGAGAAACACAAGUGCUCGUCAUGCUCAUACUCGAAGGAAAAGCUACGGAAGUCGUACGGGAGUUUCAAAAUGUGAUCGAAACAAUGCCAGGCAAGUUUCAAAUAAAGAUAACUGAAGCGUUUGAGACCAACGCAUCAGCCGGCGUGUUUGUCCGAAUGACAUGGGAAGCAUUUGCCCGCUUGCUGUCAACUGUCAACAUGGAGCCGCUGCUUCCUAUUGUUGGGCCCUCGCUUGUUAGCGCCCAACUUCGUGAGGUUCCCACUAUUCCCGCAGGAGAGAACCUGCCAUUUAGGGAGAGAGCUCAGCGCAAAGAAUGA